AUGCCGAGUGUCACCAGGCUGCAGAUUACACCCCUUGCUGAAACCUUUGCCGCCGAAGUCGAAGGCAUUGACUUCUCCAAGCCAAUCGAUGAUGCCCUGUUCGAAGAACUUAGAGACACUGUCCACAAGUACGGCGUCGUCGUCCUUCGCAAGACUGCGUUAGACGACGACUCGGCCAUUGCCCUUGGCCGACGAUUCGGGGAACUAGACAGCGUCAGGGCUCAUCGGCUGGCGGGAAGGGCCAUGAGGAUCCCCAACGACGAGAUUUUCGACGUGGGUAACCUGGACGACAAGAACGAGGUCGUGACGGUCAAAGACCCCAACCGCACCGCGUCUGCCAACGGUAAUGCGCUAUGGCAUGCGGAUGGAGCCUUCAACCCUCGUCGCACCGGUGUUUCCAUCUUGCGCGGUGUCGAACUUCCCCCGAAAGGCACUGGGGGCCAUACCGAGUACUUGGACACCCGGACCGCGUAUGACGAUCUCCCAGAGGAGAAGAAAAAGGAGAUUGAGGGCCUCGUCGGCUGCAACUCGCUGUUCCACAACCGAAAGACGGCCAAUCCGGACUCGCCCCUUUUCCUCCAUAUCAACCCGAUGGACCACCCUCUGGCGAAGCACAAGAUUGCUCAGCUACACGAGCAGUCUGGUCGAAUGAAUCUCUACGUCACGUCUUACACCCAUCAUAUUGACGGGAUGGAUCUGGAGAAGGGCCAGAAAUUACUCAAAGAGCUAUUCGAGCAUGUCCAGCAAGACAAGUACAAGUUUGUGCAUCAUUGGCAGGAUAACAACGACGUUGCCAUCUGGGACAACUGUGCCGUGUUGCAUAGAGCAACCCACGGGGAGUACGAGGGGAAGUAUAGGCGGGAUAUGCGACGGGUUUCGGUCUUUGAUACCGGGUCCACGGCUUACGGGGAGAAUGAUGUUUCGACGUACUGGCAACAAGGUCUCCCAUAG